GAGCUUAAUUACUACAAAGUACUAGAGAGAGAGAUCUUGCUUAACUAGCUAAUCAUCCAUAUAUUAUAUAUAUAAUAUUUUUAUAUUAUUAUAUAUACAUAUUAAGUGAGGGAUUUGUAUCAUUAAACAUAUUACUAUUACAAAAUGGGAUUCAAGUCAAUCUCCGAACGAAUAGCAAAGAUCAAGGCCUACUUGGCUAUAAUUUCACUUCAGUUUGGGUAUUCUGGAAUGUAUAUAGUAACCGCAGUAUGCCUAAAACACGGAAUGAACCAUUACAUCCUUUCCGUCUACCGUCAUGUUUUUGCCACCCUUGCUGUUGCUCCAUUUGCACUUAUUUUUGAAAGGAAAACUAGGCCCAAGAUGACCCUCUCAAUCUUUCUCAAGAUAAUGGUGCUCGCUUUUCUUGAGCCUGUGCUAGAUCAAAACCUGUACUACGUGGGAUUGAUGGACACAUCGGCCACACUUACAUCAGCUAGUGUCAACAUCCUCCCGGCAAUUACCUUCAUCAUGGCAACAAUUUUCAGGCUGGAGAAAGUUGAUAUAAGAAAGAUACCAAGCCAAGCAAAGAUCAUAGGAACCAUAGUGACAGUAUCAGGAGCAAUGGUAAUGACCCUUUAUAGAGGUCCUAUUAUCAAUCUUUUCGGAAGCCAUGGAAUUGACAACCUUCACAGUAGCGCUGCUGCUACUCCUUCUACUCAGCAUUGGAUUAUUGGUACCAUUUGCGUCCUUUGCAGUUGCUUGGGAUGGGCUGCUUUCUUCAUACUCCAAUCAUUUACUCUGAAUGAGUACCCAGCACAACUAUCACUCACAGCAUGGAUAUGCUUCAUGGGAUCAUUGGAAGGAGGUGUCGUAUCGCUUGUGAUGGUAAGGGACAUGAAAGCGUGGGAGCUUGGGUGGGACUCCAGACUUGUUGCCUCUGUUUACACGGGAGUGGUCUGCUCGGGGAUAGCAUAUUAUGUGCAAGGAGUAGUGAACAAGGAAAGAGGGCCUGUGUUUGUGACAGUGUUCAGCCCUCUUUGCAUGAUCAUCACCGCUGCUUUAGGAUCCAUAAUCUUGCAUGAGAUACUACACUUGGGCAGUAUCAUAGGAGCAUUGGUCAUAGUCAUUGGCCUCUACACAGUGGUAUGGGGUAAAAGCAAGGAUGUUUCAAACUCUCAACAAAAAGGCAAGGCGCUUCCCAUUGUCAACGAUAGCACUACCAAAUCUAUUGACAUUACUACUCCUCCUCCUCCUCCUCCUCCUUCAGAUCAUUCCAAUCAAACUGGAAUCUCAAUGACGUCUAACAAGAUCUCAGAGGUUGCUUAACCCAUCAUUUCAUAAUACUAUUUUAAAUUUUGAGAUGAUCGAUCUAAAAGGAGAUCGACGAUCCAAAUCAUUAGCUAAUCAAAGAUUUGCUGGAACUGUAACUGUAACUUGAACUAUUUUAAUUAUAUUAUUCCUUUCAAUUGCCUAA